AAUUAGCGUAUCGCAUGCUUCAACAGACCGCUGCAGGUGAUAUCGGAACUUUGGCAACCGGCCCAGUAUCAGCCAACUUGCGGGCGGCUCAACUCAAGCUCUACGAUUAUCAGAAGCAGAAGGGUCACCGGGGAAUUCUGUUUGGACGUUAACGAGUACGGAACGAAAAGGAGCCGCGCGAGAGGGCGAGGCCAUCAAGGCCGAAAGCAACACCACACAAACCCACCUUUUCGACGACAGCGUCCCGCCGAGCCGGUCGUCCCUUCAACAUGUCCAUCCUCGGGAAAUUCCUCUAUAUCACCGUCCUCCUCCUCAACGCUAUCUGCAUUCCCUCCGAAGACCGAUUCCUUGCGCGCGUCGGUCUCGCCCCGGGGACAUACCAGCGCGGCUUCGGGCAGGACCUCGACACCAGCGUCAAGUACAAGAUCAUCCAGCUGAUUGCGAGCGUGAGGACGGUCAUGAGGGUACCCCUCAUCAUCAUCAACACCCUCAUCAUAGUCUACGAGCUCAUCCUCGGCUAGUGAACCGGGGUUGGGUGGCCGUGUCUGAGGGAGGGAAGAGAAGAAGGAAGAGAGGGACGGAGCGAUGGAGAGGACAAGAAGAAUAUACGUGACGACGACGAGACGGCAGGACUCGGUUCGCCGUGGGCGCAUCGCGAGCUCUGGUUGAUGUGGAUAUAUGUAACGGCGACGGGGCCGGGUGGUGGUAGGGAAAGAGUCAGGCUACGUGCCAGGUAAAGCAAUGCUUUUCUUUUCUUUUUUCUGAUCGCGGGCGUUUUUGGACGGGGAAUGGAUUCGGGCUCGGGCUCGGUUGAAUGCAUGCAUGCAUGCAUGUAU